CAUAGACAACCAUUACCCCAUUCUAAUUUCUUACGCCUAGAAGAACUUAUUCUUCUUCUUCCCCUUCCCCUUCCUCUUCGCUUCUUCCGCUCACUCCCUCGUCUCCCUCCUUCGCCGCCGCCAUCUCCGGCCAGGGAACCUUUUUUCCCCCCGCACUUUCCUCUCGUUUUUUCUAAUAAAUCGAGAUUAAGGGCUUCAAUCUGUAGGGAAGGAAUUCGUGAGCCGGAAAUCGGAAGGGCCUCGGGCGUCGGAGACCAAAAGAAAGGCCUUUGGUUGAAUCGGUGACCGGAGUGCCCUUUUGUUUGGCGGGGGUCGGUUGAGGAAGGAGACAAAUCGACGAUAACCCAGUUAAUUUAAAAAGGAAAUUUCCCCAAUUUGAUUCCGAUUUCCAUUACUAUUCAAUCAUGCAGUUUUUGAGGUCUGUUCGGAGUCUCCUUCCUCGACUUGGUGAUUUGCAGCUAAGAUCUUCAGCGUGGCGCCUGUAAAUGCAGUUUUGUAGGUUGUUUCCCCCUUGGAUCUGCCAUCUCUUUGCAUGCAUGGGCUAGUGAGAAGGGGGGUUGCGAUCUAGAUUUUAAUCUGGAGACCAGUUUUUAGGCAUAUCCCGGAAGCUUUUGGUCCUUUAGUUCGCAUAAAAUGUGGCUCUUUACCUGGCUUUUCAGCAGAUAGGGAUGAAUGUUACCGUUGUGUAUAUCAAGCUUGCCUGCCUCAGCUUGAUUUGGUAUCUUUGUUUUACUACUCUUUGCUUCGUCUGUAAGUAAAAGCUUCACUUGUGGGGAACAGAAGAACAAACAAAGAUUGGCUUUUCUUGUCGCCCCUUUCUUUCCUUGAAAGAAUGAGCUACUUGGACAUUCUAUUCUCCAAUGGGAUUGCUUGCGGGCAGAAGCUUUUUUUGUUGUAGGAAGUAAUGUUCUCUACAUGUUGUGUCCUGAACCAGACUGAGAGAUGUGUUGGGAGGAAACCUUGCAGUUCUUUUGUAUUGCUUUCUGGAGCAUAUUUCCGUGUUGUGGCACGCAUGGGAAUGGAAGGAUUUAGGAGUAAAUGGAAGGGUAUUUUCAGUAGCAGAGGUUGUUUUGGUUGCUGUGCUAAACCCACUACCGUUGUUUCCGUGAAUGAGCAUUCAAAGAGCUUAAGACCUCAAGAAAGGAUAGCAAAGAAAUAUAGCAUAACCGACGAUUUCUGGAGCAGUAGUGCAGCAGAAAUGGACAACAGUGCUAUACAAUCACAGAGAAGCAUGUCAUCCAUCAGCACACUAAACCAGCCCCUCGAUCCCUGCAGUAAUGCUGGCAGCUCAAGCAACCCUUCUGAAUUUGUAAAUCAUGGCAAGCUGCUAUUGAAGUUGUCCUUAGAAGGUCUCCUUCUAUGGAACCAGACAAGGCAGCAAUGGCUUGCAAAUAAGUUAUCUCAGAGCAAAACAAAACCGCAAGCUCGUGAGCCCACAAUAAGUUGGAAUGCUUCUUAUGAUAGCUUACUCGGGAGUAAUAAGCCAUUCCACCAUCCUGUUCCACUUGCUGAAAUGGUGGAUUUUCUGGUGGACGUUUGGGAACAAGAAGGGUUGUACGAUUGAAUCGAUCGGGAAGAACCCUUGUUUAGGAGUUCGUUUCAUUCUCUCUGUGAUCGCACGCACACAAGGGUUGUAGCAACUGGCAAUUGUGAUUAACUUAUAAUUUAUGUGCUUCCUCAUCUGGGAAGGAAACACCAACUUUGAAACUUUCAUCAGAAACACUUUGUAAGCAGUCUUUUGAUUUAGAUUGUCUGCUCGGUGCGCCGCCGCGCUUGGAGAUUUGCUGUGAUUCUAUUUUCUAUAAGAUCAGUACUGUUAUUGAUUCCAUUCAUUCACUGAUUACAUUCUGAGGCGCUGUUGUUAAAAGCGUUCACUGCUACGACACCUAUUUUUUGUGGUUGCGGGAUGGGGUUGGGUGUUAUCUAACUUUACGUUUCUAGGUAAACGCUUUUAUACGCAGUUUUUAUAGCUAGUGUA